UGCCUGCAAUGUACGAGUCUGCCGUGUGAGGUCGUUGUUUAGCCGAGCAGAGCCAAAGAAGCUUCUGGGGCUCUGCGUGCCAAGCCCCGCUGAGGUGCAUCAGUGACGUCUCCGAGCUCUGCCUCUUAGACACAUCCCAUCUCUACCUCUCUCCUCCGUCUCCCUCUUGUCCUCCACAUAUCAAACACCGUCAUGGCGUUCGUCCUACGGCGACCGUUCGCCAUCGCCAACACCCUCAAACAAGCUCCCAAAGCCUCCCAGAUCGCCUUUCGAAGCUUCCAGACGCAGGCCUCCACGCCACUGCAGCAGGCCUUCCUACGCCCCUCGACUCCCCUCCGCUCUUUCGCCAGCAAGGAGAAUGUCUUCCUCAACAGCUUCAGGCAGUCGGCGAGGCGGAGUUAUCAAACCUCAGCACCUGUGAAUCCCGUGGCGCAAGGCAACUUGACGCAGCGACUCAUCUAUGGCGGCGCAAUCUUCGGCGGCACCCUGCUCGCCAUCAACCUCAUGUUCAACCGCGAGACUCGUGAAGAUGGCGGCAUGCCACCCUUCGAACGCUCCUACCUCAACGACACCUUCCUGCACACCGGCCUCGGCCUCGGCAUCAUCGGUGUCGCCGCGCGCGCACUCCACAUGAACGGCUGGUCCUAUCGCCUCAUGUCUGCCAACCCGUGGCUGGUGUUGGGCAUCGGACUCGUGGGCUCCAUCGGCACCAUGAUGGCUGCCCGCGCGACGCCGCCGGAGAACUACAUGGUCAAAUAUCCGCUCUGGGUUGCGUUCAACCUGACGCAGGCCGCGCUCUUGAGUCCCUUGAUGUUCUUCUCCCCUGCGAUCCUCGCGCGAGCGGGCCUCUACACAAUCGGCAUGAUGGGCUCGAUCGCCUUCGUCGGCGCCACGGCCAAGCAAGAGAAAUACCUAUACCUCGGUGGGCCCCUCCUCGCCGGCGUCGCAAUCGUCGCCCUCUCCGGUCUCGCGCCCCUCGUCGUUCCAGCCACGGCCGCGAGAACUCUGAUGGUGACGGAGAACCUCUGGCUCUACGGCGGCCUGGCCGUCUUUGGGGGCUUCACGCUCUACGACAUUCAGAAGAUCCUCGCGCACGCGCGCAUGGCCGAGCGGGGGAUGAUGAAGCGCGAUGCCGUCAACGAGAGCAUCAGCCUCGAGCUCGACUUUAUCAACAUCUUCAUUCGCAUGGUGCAGAUUCUUGCUAUGCAGCAGGGUAACCGGCGGCGGUAGGGGAGUGUACGAUUUCUGUUGGAUCUGGGAUAUGCGUGACUUUCAGCAUAGGGUGGUGAGGACGGUGUCAUUAUUUGUACAGCUUAUUCUUCACAACUAGAUGUCCCCACUCCUUCGAAAAGUCCUAGGCUCGCUGAAGCGAGCAGGUUAUCAAGGCAUUU